AUUCCGUCCAACCGAUCGAAUCCCAUCCGACGGCGUCAAGGCUCGAUCAGUCUUCAAGGAUCUCUCGUCUCGAUACCAUCGGGUGCAGCUUUGCAGUGCAAUUUCGCAACUCUUGUGUGGUGUAGCAGUCAGUUUCUUGCCCUCCAAAGAAUCAAUCAAACGAACCAACGCAGCUAUCACAUAGAAGAAUCAUAAGAAUAAAAGUGCGUGAGUGAGUGAAAAAUUUCGAUAGUUUUUCAACAAAUUCUAGAAGAGUAAAUACUACCCAUCAAAGCAAGAAAAAAAAAAACAUCCAAGAUGCCUUUCAAGCCAGCUGAGAACCCAAAGUGCCCCAAGUGCGGCAAGUCGGUGUACGCCGCCGAGGAGCGAGUCGCCGGUGGACACAAAUGGCACAAGGGAUGCUUCAAAUGCGGAAUGUGCGGCAAGAUGCUCGAUUCCACCAACUGCGCAGAGCACGAGAACGAGUUGUACUGCAAAAAUUGCCACGGACGCAAGUACGGACCGAAGGGAUACGGUUUCGGCGGUGGUGCUGGCUGUCUAUCGAUGGACACCGGUUCCCAAUUCCAGGCCGAAGGAACUAACGGGCACGUUGAGCCGAAACCGAUAACAAAAGCACCCGAAGGAGAAGGUUGCCCUCGUUGUGGUGGAUUCGUUUACAUGGCCGAGCAAAUGUUGGCACGUGGAAGAGGCUACCACCGACGCUGCUUCAAGUGCCAAGUUUGCAACCGCACCCUCGACUCCACGAUUCACUGCGAUGGUCCAGAUAAAGAAAUCUAUUGCCGAGGAUGCUACGCCAGUAGAUUCGGUUCACGCGGGUACGGCCACUCGGGUAUUUCCUUCCUCGGGUUGAUGUGUGACGCUAGGGACCUAGAAUUUCAGAGUGAAUUCACACCGAAGCCAUCGUCCGCCGAUACGUCGGCCAUCAAGGCUUUGCCCGGACACGGUUGCCCACGCUGCGGUGGUGUAGUCUUCGCUGCCGAAAUGGUCCUGUCCAAGGGUCGUGAAUGGCAUCGCAAGUGCUACAAGUGCCAUGACUGCACCAAGACGCUGGACUCGAUCAUCGCUUGCGACGGUCCGGAUAACGACGUGUACUGCAAGACCUGCUACGGCAAGAAUUGGGGACCCCAUGGUUAUGGAUUCGCAUGCGGAUCCGGUUUCCUGCAGACCGAUUGCAUGUCAGAGGAGCAGAUGGCCUCUCAGAAGCCAAUGGUACCGAACGAUACGACCAGCAUCAAGGCUCCAGCCGGUCAGGGUUGUCCACGUUGCGGUGGAAUGGUAUUCGCUGCCGAACAGCAGCUAGCCAAGGGUAGCAUGUGGCACAAGAAGUGCUUCAACUGUAGCGAGUGCCAUCGGCCGCUGGAUUCGAUGCUGGCCUGCGAUGGACCGGAUAAGGAAAUCCACUGCCGUGCCUGCUACGGAAAGCUGUUUGGACCCAAGGGAUUCGGAUUCGGACACUCGCCCACCCUGGUGUCGACCGAAGUGCAGGCUGCUCCGGUCUAUACCGAGUUCAACCCGACGACCGGCAUAAAGGCCAAGGACGGCAAGGGCUGCCGGCGCUGCGGAUGCACCGUAUACGAGGCCGAGAAGAUGCUCAGCAAGAACCUGAUUUGGCACAAGCGAUGCUUCAGCUGUUUCGACUGCCGAAAAUCGCUGGACUCGACCAACCUCAACGACGGACCAAACGGAGAGAUCUACUGCAAAGGCUGCUACGGCCGAAACUACGGUCCACGUGGCGUCGGUUUCGGUAUUGGAGCCGGUGCACUAACGAUGGUAUAAACCACAACAAAUCACUCACCCGUCAGAUAGAUUCGUUGAUUUUCUUUUUUAUUUUAACUAUUUAAAUUAUGUGUAUUUCUCGAGCUUCCUUCCUCGGAAGCUUUCAGACUUGAUCGCCGAUAUUCCCUUUAAACCCUUUUUUGACGUGUAUAGUAAGAGCUCUGACCAACCAACCAAUGCGUAAGAUGUAGAGAAGAGCUUUGCUGCUCACCCAAAAAAAAAAAAAAAGAUUCUCCAACCCGCCAUUACGAAACUAACCUCUACCAUCCAGAAAAAAAUCCUACUACGUUCAAACGCCUUAAACAAUAGGGAAAAAAAUGAGCAGUUCAAAGCGUCCAGAUUUAGUGAUUUACAAUUGCGAACGACCAGGCCUCAGAACCUGUGAUCACCGGAUUGAUAACCAAACAAAACAAGAAUCUCUCAUAUCAAACAGAACAGCAACCAAGGCUGUCAAACACAAACGUCAUAUCAGCCAUUUUGUCCAUACACUCGAAACUAUAUUUAAUCAUGUGCGCUGUAGAAAUCUAUCUCACCUCAUCCCCAGAAAGCCAAAAUUUAAACCGAAUUCCAAAUAAUUGUUUUUUUUUUUUAUGAUGUAGCGUUAGUAGAGAGAGGAAUAUUUGCGCUUUGAUGAAUGGAAAGAAGCAGUCCGCCCCGCUUUCGAUGAAAACUGGAACUUUUAUUUUAUACUGCUCUAACGCCAAAACAAAACAGCACAAACUUAGUAGGCUUUAGAUAGAUAGUUGAAUGAAUUGAAGAAAUGCAAGAAUAACGAUCGAAUACAACACUGUAACGCAACUGUGCUUUACCGUGCGGCUUUUCCUUCUCGAUUUUUAUACAAAAGGGGAAAAGUUAAAACAAGGUGACGAAACGGCGAAAGGAAAGCACCUCUUCCCCCUACCCCCGUUUUUUUUUAAAUAUCACAUUUGAUUAUCAUCAUUACUGUAAUAGUCUGUUUUUUAUUUGCUAAUUAAUAAUAAAAAAAAACAUAUACAACGCGCUAGGUUAGGUAUUACUUACGUAACGAUGCUACUUAUGUAAAGUCAAACACACAAAAAAAAAGAUAUUUAUUCAAUAAAGAGAAACGCUAAAACCAAA